CGCCCGGCCCGGCGGGGAUGCUGGGGCGGACGGCGCAGUGGCUGUGCUGGUGGUGGGGGCUGCUGUGCAGCUUCUGCGGGCCCCCGGCCCUGCCCGCCGCCGCCGCCGCCGGGGGGGCGUUGCUGGGGGACGGCGGGAGCCCGGGCCACGCGGAGCGGCCACCCCCGCCGCAGACCUCCUCCUCGGGCUUCCUGUACCGGCGGCUCAAGACGCACGAGAAGCGGGAGAUGCAGAAAGAGAUCCUGUCGGUGCUGGGGCUCCCGCACCGGCCGCGGCCCCUGCACGGCCUCCCGCAGCCUCCCGCGUUCCCGCAGCAGCAGCAGCAGCCAGCUAGCGGGGAGCCUCCGCCCGGGCGGCUGAAGUCUGCGCCCCUCUUCAUGCUGGACCUCUACAACGCCCUGUCCGCCGACGAUGAAGAAGACGGGGCUUCGGACGAGGAGAGGCGGCAGCCCGGGCCGCGCGGAGGAGCCGGCGCGUCCCAGCCCCAGUCCCCAUCGCCGGGCGCCGCGCACCCCCUCGGCAGUGGGAGCCUCCUGGCCACCGGGCCUGGCGGCGGCGCGUCCCCGCUGACCAGCGCGCAAGACAGCGCCUUCCUCAACGACGCCGACAUGGUCAUGAGCUUUGUGAACCUGGUGGAGUACGACAAGGAGUUCUCCCCUCGCCAGCGACACCACAAAGAGUUCAAGUUCAACCUAUCCCAGAUUCCUGAGGGUGAGGCGGUGACGGCUGCAGAGUUCCGAAUCUACAAGGACUGUGUUGUGGGCAGUUUUAAAAACCAAACUUUUCUUAUCAGCAUUUACCAAGUCUUACAGGAGCAUCCGCACAGAGACUCGGACCUGUUCCUGCUGGGCACGCGUGCUGUGUGGGCCUCAGAGGCAGGCUGGCUGGAGUUCGACAUCACGGCCACCAGCAACCUGUGGGUCCUGACCCCGCAGCACAACAUGGGGCUGCAGCUGAGUGUGGUCACGCGUGACGGGCUCAGCAUCAGCCCCGGGGCUGCGGGCCUGGUGGGCAGGGACGGCCCCUACGACAAGCAGCCCUUCAUGGUGGCCUUCUUCAAGGCCAGCGAGGUCCACAUGCGCAGUGCCCGGUCGGCCCCCGGGCGGCGCCGGCAGCAGGCCCGGAACCGCUCCACCCCGGCCCAGGACGUGUCGCGGGCCUCCAGCGCCUCAGCAGACCACAACAGCAGCGAGCUGAAAACGGCCUGCAGGAAGCACGAGCUCUACGUGAGCUUCCAGGACCUGGGCUGGCAGGACUGGAUCAUUGCCCCCAAGGGCUACGCUGCCAACUACUGUGACGGAGAAUGUUCGUUCCCUCUCAAUGCGCACAUGAACGCCACCAACCACGCCAUCGUGCAGACCCUGGUUCACCUCAUGAACCCCGAGUACGUCCCCAAACCGUGCUGUGCGCCCACGAAACUCAACGCCAUCUCGGUGCUCUACUUUGACGACAACUCCAACGUCAUCCUGAAGAAGUACAGGAACAUGGUCGUCCGAGCGUGCGGCUGCCACUGACUCGGGGCGAGCGGCCGGGGACGCCGUGCACACUGCCUGGACUCCCGGGUCACGUCUGCCUUGAGAAGCCCACGGAGGCCCCCGGGACGCAGGGGGCGACCCCGCCGCCGCCUCGGGCUGUGGCGGCGGCCUCUCCGCCUGACGCAGGUCUGAAGGGACCCCGUCCACCCCUUGCUCACACCGUGACCGUUGUGAGUAGCCGUCGGGCUCUAGGAAGCGGUGCUCGAGCGUCUGUGGUCUGGGGACUGCAAACGUAAUUGGGAAGGGUUCCCCUCUGCACCCUCCCCAAACCCACCGAAAUCAGUUACUGCUUUAGAUCCAAGCUCCUUGUGGUUUUAGAGAGUAAAUAGGGAAAAUAAUCUUGAAGUAAAAGUCUUCUUUGGCUCAAAUAUCAGCGGGUUCAGUAGUUUCUCAAAGGCCGAGUUUGCAGAUCACAGGAAGGUUGGCCCUCUGUUCUGAUCUGGCCCCGGGAACGCGGGUCUCGGCUGGGCAGCCCGCAACUGCGUGCCUUUUGUCUCAGUCUUGCUGUCACAUGUGGGCGUUUUGUUGGUGUGAGAAGAUACUUAUUUCAGUUACACUAGAGCCUUUACCCCUCUCCUUGCCCCGGCAUUCGGUGUUUUGUGCUAGAACCAAAAGCAGAGAUAAGAGUGACCCCCAUCUUUGAGGGGGAGGCUCCAUGGAGGAGAGGUCUUUUUAAAGCCAUCGUUUAACCGAGCGACCCAUCCGCACCCCUUCCUGUGGGGGCUGGCUCUCUGAAAAGCUCAUUUACGUCAGGGCCAGCACGUCUUCUGUGUUGGUAAUGCGGUUCUUUGAUGGGACAGCGUCCCGCGUCAAGGGGUUAAACCAGUAGAGGCGAUGGGCUGAGGACUUUCUAAGUCAUCCAGACUUAGGAAGGGGUUAGGACAGGCGUGUGGGUUGGGAAUCGAAAUCACGGUGUUCUCCUGUUGAAAAUGAGACUCAGAUCAAAUAUGAGAAUGUUUUUAAGAUGUCUUUUUCACGAUCAUGUACUAGGAAACCAAUUUCAUACUAAACUGAUUAAAUAAUACAUUUAUGAUAUAUAUCUGCACUUACAGCUUUUUUGUAAAUAGAAACUAUAAUUUAUUGCCUAUUUUGUGUUUUGCUGUAACAUUUAAGGAAAGACCAGACUUUUUUUUUUUUUUAAAGUUUAUUUAGAAAGUAUUAUAGUGUAAACAAAUUGUACCACUUUGAUUUUCUGAUUUUCUUUUAUAACAAGACUCAUAAUGCAAAGCUGAAGCCACUCAUGAGGAUUGUGCUUCUCUAGAAAGUUGGGGUUUUGUUUUGUUUUUUUUUUUUUAAAAAGAACAUCUGUGAACCACAUGAUUAAUAAAGAUUUCCUUUAAGGCA